GGAAAAAAAAGAGAAAGAAAAAAAAACCAAACCAAAACAAACAAACAAACAAGGCAGAACCAACCUGUACUUCAAACCAGCCGGCACAAGCCACCCGUGUCUGCCAGCCAGAGAGGGGGGUCUCUGGUCCGCGGUGGAGGAGUUGCAGGGGGAUCUUCAGGGGGACAGAGGCCGAGUGACGCCCUAGGAGCCACCGGGCAGGAGGCGGAGGAGACCCAGAGACCAGAGAGACAGCGGGCCCCGCGCAGCUCGGGGCUGGGGCGCCAGAAGUGGGACUGGAGCGGAGUAGAGCGAUGCCAAGGAGGAAACAGCAGGCACCCAAGCGGGCGGCAGGCUAUGCCCAGGAGGAACAACUAAAGGAAGAGGAGGAAAUAAAAGAAGAGGAGGAGGAGGAAGAAGACAAUGGUUCUGUAGCUCAACUGCAGGGCAGCAAUGACCCAGGCACAGACGAGGAGCUAGAAACAGGCCCAGAACAGAAAGGCUGCCUCAGCUACCAGAACUCACCAGGCAGUCACUUGUCCAAUCAGGACGCCGAGAACGAGUCUCUGCUGAGUGAUGCCAGCGAUCAGGUGUCAGACAUCAAAAGCAUCUGUGGCAGAGAUGCCUCAGAAAAGAAAGCCAUCACCCACCCUAAACUUCCCCAUGAAACACACAAUUGCAUGGAUAAAAUGACUGCUGUCUAUGCUAACAUCUUGUCUGAUUCCUACUGGUCAGGUCUGGGUCUCGGCUUCAAGCUGUCCCACAGUGAGAGGCGGAAUUGUGACACCCGCAAUGGCAGCAACAAGACUGAUUUUGAUUGGCACCAAGAUGCUCUGUCCAAAAGCCUACAGCAGAACUUGCCCUCGAGAUCUGUGUCUAAGCCCAGCCUGUUCAGCUCAGUACAGUUAUACCGACAAAGCAGUAAGAUGUGUGGUACUGUCUUCACCGGGGCCAGCAGAUUCCGCUGCCGCCAGUGCAGUGCUGCCUAUGACACCCUGGUCGAGCUGACGGUGCACAUGAAUGAAACAGGCCAUUAUCAAGAUGACAACCGCAAAAAAGACAAGCUGAGGCCCACAAGCUAUUCAAAGCCCCGGAAGAGGGCUUUCCAGGAUAUGGACAAGGAGGAUGCCCAGAAAGUUCUAAAAUGUAUGUUUUGUGGUGACUCCUUCGAUUCCCUCCAAGAUUUGAGUGUUCAUAUGAUCAAAACUAAACAUUACCAAAAAGUGCCUUUGAAGGAGCCUGUCCCAACCAUUUCGUCAAAAGUGGUCACCCCAGCGAAGAAACGAGCCUUUGAUGUCAAUCGGCCAUGUUCCCCUGAUUCCACCACAGGCUCAUUUACAGAUUCGUUUUCUUCCCAGAAGAACGUCAACUUGCAGUUGUCCUCCAAUAAUCGCUAUGGCUACCAGAAUGGGGCCAGUUACACUUGGCAGUUCGAAGCAUGCAAGUCACAGAUCUUAAAAUGCAUGGAGUGUGGGAGCUCCCAUGACACCUUGCAGCAACUGACCACCCACAUGAUGGUCACAGGUCACUUUCUUAAGGUCACCAGCUCCGCUUCCAAGAAAGGGAAACAGCUGGUGUUAGACCCCCUUGCUGUGGAGAAAAUGCAGUCACUGUCAGAUGCUCCAAGCAGUGAUUCUCUGGCCCCCAAGCCAUCUAAUAACUCGGUUUCUGACUGUACAGCUUCUACAACUGAGGUAAAGAAAGAUGGGAAAAAGGAAAAGCCAGAGGAGACCAACAAGGAGGAGAAAGUCAUGAAAAGUGAGGAAUAUGAUGAUCCCCUACAAAAACCACUAGACCCUACCAUAAAAUACCAAUAUCUAAGGGAGGAGGACUUGGAAGAUGGCUCCAAAGGUGGUGGGGACAUUUUGAAGUCAUUGGAAAAUACUGUCACCACAGCCAUCAACAAAGCCCAAAAUGGGGCCCCCAGCUGGAGUGCCUAUCCAAGCAUCCACGCAGCCUACCAGCUGUCAGAGAGCACCAAGCCUUCUUUACCUCUGGGAUCGCAGGUACUUCAGAUUCGACCUAAUCUCCCCAACAAGUUGAGACCCAUUGCACCAAAGUGGAAAGUUAUGCCACUGGUCUCUAUGUCCACAAGCCUGGCUCCUUACACUCAAGUGAAGAGGGAGCCAGAAGACAAAGAUGAAGUGCUGGAGUGUGGGAAAGAAAGUCCUCAUGAAGAAGCAUCUUUCAGUCACAGUGAAAGGGAUGCUUUCUCCAAAAGCGAAUCCUCUUCAGAAUCCAAAAAGGCCGACUCUGGUCCCCCAAAGGAGGAAAAGCUGAUGAAAGAGGGCAGUGAGAAAGAGAAACCCCAGGCCAUGGAGCCAGCAUCUGUUCUUAGCAAUGGAUGUGCCCUCACCAGCCACACCUCAGCUCUGCCCUGUAUCAAUCCACUCAGUGCUCUGCAGUCUGUGCUGAACAAUCACCUGGGCAAAGCCACAGAACCUUUACGCUCUCCUUCCUGCUCCAGCCCAAGCUCAAGCACAAUGUCUAUGUUUCAAAAGUCUAAUCUCAGUGUCAUGGACAAGCCGGUCUUGAGUCCUGCCUCUACAAGGCCAGCCAGUGUGUCCAGGCGCUACAUGUUUGAAAAUAAUGAUCAGCCCAUUGACCUGACCAAGUCCAAAAGCAAGAAGGCUGAGUCCUCACAAGCACAAUCCUGUACAUCCCCACCUCAGAAGCAUGCUCUGUCUGACAUCGCUGACAUGGUCAAAGUUCUCCCCAAAGCCACCACCCCAAAGCCCGCAGCUUCCUCCAGGGUCCCUCCCAUGAAGCUAGAGAUGGAUGUCAGACGCUUUGAAGAUGUUUCCAGUGAAGUUUCAACUUUGCAUAAAAGAAAAGGUCGGCAGUCCAAUUGGAACCCUCAACAUCUUCUGAUCCUGCAAGCUCAAUUUGCCUCGAGCCUCUUCCAGACCUCAGAGGGCAAAUACCUGCUAUCUGAUCUGGGCCCCCAAGAGAGAAUGCAAAUAUCAAAGUUUACAGGACUCUCCAUGACCACUAUAAGUCACUGGCUGGCCAAUGUCAAGUACCAGCUCAGGAAAACGGGCGGGACCAAAUUUCUGAAAAACAUGGACAAAGGACACCCUAUCUUUUAUUGCAGUGACUGUGCCUCCCAGUUUAGAACCCCUUCUACCUAUAUCAGUCACUUAGAAUCUCACCUAGGUUUUCAAAUGAAGGACAUGACCCGCAUGGCAGUGGAACAACAAAGCAAAGUGGAACAAGAGAUUUCCCGGGUAUCGUCGGCUCAGAGGUCUCCGGAAACAAUAGCUGGUGAAGAGGACACAGACUCUAAAUUCAAGUGUAAGUUGUGCUGUCGGACAUUUGUGAGCAAACAUGCAGUAAAACUCCACCUAAGCAAAACGCACAGCAAGUCACCCGAACACCAUUCACAGUUUGUAACAGACGUGGAUGAAGAAUAGUUCUUCAGGUAUGGGUUUGCUCCCAGGUGACUGGGACCCUAGCCUUGUGAGGAGCUUCGGGAAGGGAGAUGGGUAUGUUUAGAGGCAGCUAACCUCUCCCAUUACCAAGAGGACAGUGGCCUGCUGGAACAGGACUUAUUUUUAUGCAAGACUAGAACAUGACAAAUAAGUCCUAUCCAUUCUCUACAUUUAUUUCUCCAGUUUAGAAUUGAGAAAUAGACAAAAGUGGCUUAGAGAGAUGGAGCUCACAUAUUAUUAUUUCCUGAUACAUGAUCCCCUUUGUUACCCAAGGCCCUUCCAAGAUCCAAUCCAGGCUACACCCAUUUUAAUGAAAAUCUAUUAACUUCUCUUGCUAUCUCAUUUCAACAUCUCCCCUUUCCAUAGCAAUGUUAAUGACUUAAAAUGAUUUUUAAAAUGGUGAGCAACAGAAUCAAGAUUGUAGUUACUGGUGGCAGCCACUACACAGAAAUUUCUUAAUCAGUUCAUGAAUAGCUUAUAGCUGUCUUCAUUAUUAUUACUGUAAGUGAAGCUUUCUGCAGCUGACCUUUGGCAAUUGCUUUGUUCCACUCCUCCCCUUUGCUUAUUUCCUCCACUAGGUUUCCUAUGAAAGAGCAUUUGCUGCAUAGUUGGAUAGGUCUAGGGAUUCCGCCCUGGAACUGGAUGCAGAAUAUUGAGAAAGAGAAAACCUAGUUCCCUCUCUCUCUCUCUCUCUCUCUCUCUCCCACCCCCCUCUGUUUUCCUUAGAAUAGACUAGUACCAGAAUUCCCUUUAAUAAAGAUAACUGCAGUGCAUGCUUCUGAGAUGUUAUUUUACAUAAAGAAGGAAAUAACUUUCUGCACACCCAUGGCCAGUGCUCAUGGGGCCUCACAGCUUCCAGGUACUUUGCAUCAUGUAUCAUAGAAGUUUAGUGCCUUGUAUACUCAUGGUUGCCCAAUCUAUAUUACCUCUAACAAAGAGGGCAGAGAUCAAGGUUAAAUAUUCUGACUGACUAUUCACACCAGUCGCUUUCAAAUGCUGAAUGAGGCUGAGUCUUAACAAAUCUCUUUCAUUCCCUUUUUUGUACUUUCUCUGUGCCCUUUACUCUUUCCUCCAGCAUGAUGCACCUUUUUUUUUAUGCCCAUGCUAGGAACCCUCACACAUAUUUAGGCUUUCCUCCACUUGGGCACACAAGUCACUACAGGUACCUAGCCUUUGUAAGCCUUCAAUACUUACCAGUGCAUUUUAUGCCAUGAGCUCUUUCACUGAAUUCACAAUAAGAUAUAAGAUGAUAGUUUAAUAUUUAAGUCCUCAUCACCUUCUCUAUUGUGAGGGCAUUUGUUUUCAAUGGGGACGUUUCAGAUAAGUCAAAAAGGCAUGAGCAUUCACAGUGAUUCAAGUGGAGAAUGUCAUUUCUAUGCUGUAACUUUGGGCUCACUCACACCAGAUAGGGAGAUUUGUGGAGUAUGAAAAUAGCCAAUGUGAAGGAGAGUUUUAAAAAGUAUCUGACCUGGGAUGCCUCCCUCAGUGGAAAGAUUUAAAAGUUUCUGAGGAAGGGGAAAACCAUCUCAUAACUCUAAUGGCUAUCUGGACCCGAUUGAAAACUAAUGUUUGCAUGAUUUUAUUAUGAUCAUUAAAAUAUGUUACUGGCAGAUUUAUCUUUUGCUUUCUAAGCAUGAUUUGUUCAGCUCAGACUAUUGAAAAAAUAUGAAAUGCAUCUAUUGAAUCUAUAAAUGAGCUUGGGGUUCCAUGAUGUUCUAUUUAUUUGCUAUAUAACACUUUAAAUUUUAUGUAACUUGCUAUUACUCAUUACCUGUCCUUCACAAACAAACAAUAAUGGAAAGACAUAGAAUAAUAAAUGAAAAGACUUAUUUCAAAUUCUAACCAUGGUAAAAAGGAAAAACAGGUAACGCUUAUUUGUGCUACAAUAAAGGCCAGUUUUCCACCUGUUA